AUGCAUCAGAACAGUGCAUUGAAAAUCGAGUUCAUCAGAAAAGGAGAAUCUCCAAGUGAUCUAGAAUUCAGUGAUAAUGUUGGACAGGUCAACAGUGAUCAGAUAUCAGAUUGCAAUAGCACAGGAUCCAUCCCUGAUAAUCAAUCAGGAAUUAGUGAUAUGGAAAAAUCUGUGGAUGAUUACAUCAGUAACAUAUUGAAACAUCAUUUAUGGUACCACGGAAUGAUGUUUGGGGGUACUGUAGAGAAGUUGUUGAAAUGGGAGCACUCGUAUCUUGUUCGUCGGGCAAUCCAGAGAUCGUCAAUGAAGAAAACGUUAUGUAUCUCAGUCAAGAUUGAUGGGAAAGUAUUGAAUUUCCAAUUGACCUGGAAUGAAGACGGUUGGGGUUCAACUAAGCUAGUUGCUAAAUUUCCGAAAAUGGCUCAAAAAAGAUAUGCUCACAUUUAUCAACUUCUAGAUGCCUGGUCCCUUUCAGUCAACGCAAUUACACCAGUACCCAGAAACAGAAUUGUUCUGCAUCAUAGUUCUAUCACACUUGGAAACAAACUAGGAAGUGGAGCAUUUGGAGAAGUAUACAGAGCAAAAUACUUACCAAAUGGAGCUAGUGAAUCAAUUGAAGUAGCUGUGAAACGAGCGAUUGGAGAUGCACAGAGAUCCACAAUUCAAGAAUUUUGCCACGAAGCUCAGGUGAUGGGAGUCCUUCAACAUGUGAAUAUUGUCUGUCUUUAUGGAAUUGCAUCACUAGAACAACCGGUGAUGUUGGUCAUGGAAUUGGUAACCGGUGGAGAUCUCAGGUUAUGUCGCGAGAUGCUUUUAAAUACAUUUCGCGACGCUCAUGCAUUGAAUUUCGAGGGCGCGGAAAUCAAUACACAUUUUCGCUACAUGAAUAACCCCAUUAGGUUUCCAAAUAGUCUAAAAUUCCAGAAACAUCUUCAAACUACUCAUAAUAUUUCCCACAGACAGUUGAUCACUUUCGCAGCCGACAUCGCAUCUGGAAUGAAACACAUGGCCCAGAGAAGAGUUAUCCACCGAGAUCUAGCAGCCAGAAAUUGUCUAAUAACCAAUUCUUUGAAAAUCAAAAUCUCUGAUUUUGGAUUAUCCCAUUCUGGACAAGAAGUGAUUGUAAAGAAAUUGAAAAAAGCACCUAUUAGAUGGCUGGCUCCUGAAACCCUCCAGAAAGGAAUCUUCAAUGAAAAGACAGAUGUUUGGUCUUAUGGAGUAUUGUUGACUGAAAUAAUCAAUAGAUGUGCAACUGAUCCCUUGGCUCCAAGAACACUAAAAGAAGUGCAGGAAUGGAUCAAAGAAUCAGAUCAUCCACAUCGGAUAAAGAAUGGAGAACCCAAGGAAUUGGCGGAUCUGGUCGAUAUUUGUUGCGACAAAAAUUCAAUUACUCGGCCAAAUUUUCAAACUGUUCGACGUCGUAUCAGAGCGAUUCUCGAAACGGCAAACAUGCUUGGACCAAUUUCAGGCACCCUGGAAAUGAAAAAGUCAGAAGAGCGAAAGAGCAGUACAUCCACAGAUAGGAAAGUAUCAAAUACAGCACUGAUGCGGAAAAAGUCUAGAGAUGGAAAAGUAAAGGAUAGAUCCACGGAACGAAAAGGUGGUACCCAGAGAAGAAUUGUUUCUCAUCGUCGCAGAGAAAUAGGUCCAAUGAAACUUCCAAUCGGAAUGAGUACACCUGAAAAAGUAUCACCUCAAAAUAUGACAUCACCGGCAACGCCCCCGAUACCAAAGACAUAA